AUGACAGAUCUUGGGAAGUUGCCGCUAGGGAAAUUUGCACAUUUGGGAAAAUACUCUUGGGAAAGUUGCCCUGGGAAAGUAUUUUUGGGAAAGAUCCGAGGAGCCCGUAUAUCCCUUCAGAACUUUAGCAGUGGGAUUUUUCAAACAAGUUCCCUCAAUGCCACGUGGUUUUCAGACUCCGAGUUGGCCUACAUAGAUUCAUUUGGAAACCUGGUUCUCUACAAUGCUGUAACAGGAGCUCGUAGUCAACUUGUCAGCGCUAAUAUAUUUAGAUCUGUUGGGAGUUCUCUGUACCAUAUAUCUCCUGAUGCGAACUGGAUUCUGAUAGAAACUCAACCUGUGCUCCAAUCCUUCUUUAACACUGCUCAAUACUCAAUCUGGAAUAUUCCUAUGGGGAUAACCUCACCUCAAUACAAAGUUUCCAUUUCUGAGGAUUCAAGCUGGGGCUACCAGGAGCAGCUGCAGAGUGUGCUAUGGGCCGGAGGGUCUGGUGGCGUAGUGGUGGUCAAGGAGAAUGAUAUCUACUACCGACCCUACCCGGACAAGAAGAAGGUUGUCAGAGUUACAGAUACAGGGAUUCCAGGAACUAUAUUUAAUGGAGCUCCAGACUGGCUUUAUAAAGAACGAAUCCUGGGUCCUAGAUCUGGUAUCUGGGUGUCUUCGGAUCACAUGAAUAUGGUUUACUCUAGUAUUAACUGCUCCAGGGUUGGAUUGCUCCGGUAUCCUCAUAUAUUGAACGGAGAAGCGUCUGUUAAAGAUCUAUCCAUCAAAUUCCCUAAGGUUGGAGGCAAUAUCCCUGAAAUUCGGUUGCAUUUCUAUAAUUUCCAAACCUUCAAAAGAGUUGAAAUUCUUCCUCCCUCCCAGCUUCAGAAUAGGUCCUAUUAUGUAGAAAGUGUUGGAUGGAGUUCAAAUAAUGAAGUUUUGAUAACAUGGCUUUCUAGACAACAAGAUCUUAGAUUCAUUUCACAUUGCAGUACACUUGGAGCAUGUACACAGAUAUUUUUUGAGCACGCUUCAAACUAUGGAUUGGAAACCCUGCCCCACAUUCCCUUCCCACCAGUCGUCAACAGAGACCAAGAUAUGAUUGCGUACAUAUCUCUGAAGCGUGAAGGAGAUGAAGGUUACUAUCCACAUAUUUUGGUCCGAAGUCUGGCGGACCCAGGGGCAGUUGGUCCUCGCCUUCUUACACAUGGUCCAUGGAAGGUCCAUAGAAUACUGGGAUGGGAUCCAAAAAUUAACGCAAUUUAUUUCCUUGGAUCCGACCCUUCCUUCCCUGCCUCUCAGAGUCAACAUCUAUACAGACAACCUCUUGACAAGGAAGAGAAGAGUUCUACAGGAGGUUGGAGUUCGAGGAACGGGAGUAGUUCAGCAGAGUGUUUAACCUGCAAUGCAGGCUGUCAGUUUUCAGAGGUUUUUAUGUCUCCAGAUCUCUCCAACUUUAUUCAGCAUUGUCUUGGUCCCUCCAUACCUUACUCACAGGUGAUAUGUGCGAGUACGGGUGUAGUUGUACAGGUGCUAGAUGAUAACAAGAAAUUGCAGUACAAUAUCGACAAGUUUUCAACCCCUAAAUAUAAAAUUAUUACGGUUCCAACUGGAGAGGAAACUAAUGCUGUUGUCAAGCUAGAUCUUCCUCCUGGGUUCAGAGAGUACGAAGAGUACACAUUUCCCUUAAUUAUGUACAUAGGUGAAGUGUUUCCAAGUAUAAACUCUAAGUGGAGUAUGCACUGGACUGAUUAUAUAACUAGUCACAAGGAUUAUAUAGUAGCUCAGGUUGAGGUUGGAUUGCGAGGUGGAGGGAAUGAGACGAGGCUAGGAAUGAGAGCUCAGGAGGAUAUUCUAAAAGUUCUAAGAUACCUGACCCGUGAACUGCGGUAUGUUGACCGGAGUAAGGUUGGUUUGGUUGGAGAAGGAGGAGGAGGAUAUACUGCAGGGAUGGUUCUAGGUCUAGAUCUAGAGACUUCAAUGGAUAAACAGAACCCGACAACUAAAUGCGCUGUCUUUAUAUCUCCAACAGUGGACUGGAAAUUAUCAGAUGCUUUCAUCAGUGAACACCUGCUCGGGCACAAGAAGAACAGGUUCGAGACGAGUAGCGUAUCCCUGCACUCGGGCCUGUAUCCAAGCAAGAGGAUAUUUAUCACGAAUAAGCCUGGCAACCUGAUUUGCCUGGAUCACCUGCUUGCUCUUACACGAGCCCUUGUACGUCAGGGGGUCAUUUUUAAACAACAGAUCUAUCUUGACUCUGAGGCUGACCCGAACUCUAUGAUUCACUUCUACAAGAGUAUUGAGGCCCACCUGGAGGACUGCCUGGGCCCGGUGGAGAACUUCUUCCAAGAUGAUUAUUUCCUUGCAACCAUAGCAGAUAUUUCUGCUGGUUAAUACAACCUCAAGACUAUUAAAAAGUGAUAGAAAAAAGUCCAUGAAUUUUAACUAUAAAAAGUUAUUGUCAACGUAAGCUUAAGGGAUUUCCAUUUAAACCAAUUCACGCCAGUCACCUAGUCAAAAAAUAUCAUUUUAAUAUUUAAAAUGUUGACAAUUUUAUUGCUGGAGAAAUUCUCAAAAAAUCGGAGUAAAAGCCGUGAAGCUACAAAUAAAAAGUUUUAAAGGGCUGUUUAGAGAGAGAAUCACUUAAAUUUACGUUAGCAGUCCCUUUAAUGCUCCUGUGUGGGCCCCGUCCAACUGGUUCUAUUUGUAAUAUAACAGUUUAGAUAAGAAAUAGGAUUCUAAUUCUUCAAUUUAAAGUUCGACUUUUAUUUCUAUUUAAUCCUAAAAUGAGUUUAAAGAAGCUUCCAACGUUUAAAGAGAAAGUUCUCUAAUAUUAAAGUUUAGGUUUACUCACAGUCACACAAGUUUCUGUGUACUGUUCCAAUAUUCUAAUGUCAAGCUGAAGAUGAUUCAAAAUUUAAUUUAAACGAUUUAGAAGGUUUGCAUGGAUCAGCAUAAAAAUAAUACCAUUCGACUUCGGAACCCCCACCCCUUUGGUCUAAAGUUUAACUUUUAUUUAUGUUUUCUAGCUUUUUUUAACUCAAGCCCUGAUUUUUUGUUCAUAAAAUGAUAAUGAUAAUUAAAUGACGAAUUGUAUAUCGUCUUCACAUUAUUAAUUUAACACAAUUAUAGAAAUAAUCUAUUUGAAACUGUUGGUAAUGGUAUAAAGAAACUUCUAAUCUUGGGAUUCCCAAAAUGUGAUCUGCUAUACUUGUACCAUUAAUAUUAAGAUUAAUAGACAUAUGCGCAGAUUUCUAUUUGUACAAUGACUUAAAAUUGUCUAGAUAUAAUUUUAUAAACUAUCAAAACCGUCAA